AUGGAGAGCAUCUUGAGCAGCAUCGCGGAUGCUCCCAUCAGCCCUGCUGCCAAGAAGCGGGCAUACGAGCUAGUGCUGAAGAUUGUGAACAACAUCGUCCAGGCAGAGCGCAGCCAGGACCCUAACCUCUCCAAGUUCAAAUGGGUGAAGGCGCACAGUGGUUCGCCUUUAAGAGAAAGGGUGCUGAACGUGAGCCCGCUGUUUCGGGAGCUACUGGAGGCUUUGGGUUUUCGGCUCAGGGUGGGCCGGCCUCCGCACGUGCUGACGGGAAGCCCGCAGGAGUACAUCGUGUUGGAGGGACCAGUUGAUCUGGACACUCUAGUUAGCAGCGGAGAGCUAAUAGAGGCGGUAAUCAGUAGCCUUCCUGGGGAGGAGAUAUCCCAUCCAGGCGCCGCAGCAGCUGCAGCCUCUCCUCUUCCCUCAGCUGGCUGUCCGUCCCGGGAACGAAGCACACCUGGAGUUCAAGACAGCAGCGCCACUUUGUCACGGCAGCAAGGAUCUGGCCCCAGUCCGUCGUCCUCUUCCCGCAGGCCAGAUCCUGAUGCGGAACUGGAGGCCAUACGGCGAGAGCAGCAGGAGCGUUACAGACAAAGAGGGGUGGGAGAAUCUGCGGCAGCGCGGCCUUCAUCUACUCGCGGAGACGGAGACUCGGGACGCGACGAGUCGGGGGGCGGCUGGUUUUGGCAGAAGCUUGGCUGGGGAGGGAACAGCAAUAAUGACAACAACGACAACAGCAAUAACAAUAACCGAGGACGCAGCAAUGCCUCGCGCAGGCCUCCACCCAACAGCAGGAUGAUGACGCUGCGCGAUCUGCCCAAACCGCAGAGAAGAGGAUGA